AUGAGACAAAUCAAAUCAUCAGUAGUACUACAAAAGGCUUCUGCAUUUCCAGUAGAUUCUUCGUCGUCAACGUUGUCAGAAUCGUCGUCUUUCAAUUACACACAACAACAACAACAACAAAGUCGUCAACGAACUGGUUUUUUGCGCCAGAAAGGCACAAAACUGGUCGACACUAAUUCUUCUACAGCAGAAAUACCCCAGAAGAUGCCAAUGAAGUCAGUAGUAGCAGCAGCAGCAGUAGCCUCCACCGCUGUUGCUUAUGCCUGUCCUUACUGUCCACGUGAACUGCGUAAUUCAAGCCUACUCAGCGCCCACAUCGCCAACUAUCAUCAUAAAAAAGCAUCAUCAUCAUCAUCAUCUAGGUCUACGAAACCGUCUACAACAACAGUUUCUCAAAAAUCAUUUCCAUCAUGGAAAUCAUCUCAACCAGCAGUAGCAGCAGCAGCAGGUUCAGCAGCAAAUAAUUAUUCCAGACCGCUUUCAAAACGAAAACAAAGUGCGCCGAAAUUCACUUGCCUCCUCACUUGUUACCGAUGCAAUACACGAACAACAACCUGCGUCAGUGACGAGGUGGUACCUGCUGGUCUUGUUCAAUGCGGAUAUUGUUUGCGUUGGCAACAUUGUCGCUGUUAUGGAUUACCGUUUGAGAUGAAUUCAUUGGCAGUUAAAACACUUAAAUUCCCUUUCUCAUUUGUUUGUGAUUGCUGUCGAAUGGUAUUACGCCCGGUGAGAAGAUCCCGUCAAAAUGAAUGGCACAGUAGUCGUAGUAGUGGUCUGCUACAGUCGCCGCCUAACGGUUGUUCAGAAUACACUCAACGGAGUUUGUUUGCACAGGUGACAGCUGUUUUAAAUAAAACCUGCCAGUUACGUCCGUUAAUCCAGUCUGGUCAGUAUAUACUGAACAAGUCGUCAUCGUCGUUGCCUCGAUGGACUUAUCAAGCUAAGCAAGAUAAAGAGGAGAAAGAAGAAGAAGACAGCGGAACAACCAGGUACAAAACUGUACGUCAAGAAGAUGCAUCAUCAUCAUCAUCGAAGUUAAGGGAAGUUGAAACUUCGAAAUUGUGUGCAACAACAACAACUACUACUAUUACUACCACUAAACAACAUACAGCCUUCGAUUCGCAUACACCGGAAGAUCAAGUUAAUCGUCUCUACAUGGAGUUACGAGGCAUAGCAUUUGGAGAGAUAUGUGAAUCAUCAGGAUCAUCAUCAUCAGCGGGCAGUGGUGAAAAUGCUCUCGCCAACAUCAUGGAUAUUUCACAUGUCGUCCCAAUUGAUAAUAAUAAUAAUAAUAAUCCUAAUCCUACAACAACAUUCCCGAUUACACCGGAAUCAGAGGAAUGUUGCGAAUGUCCUAACACCAGUUGGGUAUUAGAUACUUCUGUUCAAAUGGAACCUCUUCCUGUUGACGACAGUAUGGUGGAGGGAUCACAUGAUCUGUCAGGACUAUUACUACUCCAAGACCUCGGUGCUGAUAUCAUACCGGAGAUUUCAAGUCUUAACGUCGUCGUCGGUGGUGAUGGUGGCGGUGGUGGUGGAGUAGUAGUGACCAGUGACCAAAGUACUCUGAACUCCUCAUGCUGCGGUGACCACCACUUGGUAGAGCAGAGUAGACAGCUACCUCCUUCUUCUGCUUCUUUAUGCGGUGAUUCUGCCAGUAUGCAACUGCUGCUGCCUUCACUCCCCGCCUCCCCUGACAAACAUGCCAGCCAGUCGUCAACUACUGAUCCAAAAGAACAAAUUUUAAAUCAUCAUCAUCAAAAUGAAGAAAUUUUAGCCAUAGAAUCGAAGAGGAGCACAUCUACUCCGUCGACUACACCUACAAAACUUCUAAUGAGUCAAUUAAAUUCAGCUGUUGGCGCUGAUAUUAUGAAUUUACCGAUUCCAAGUUGUGCAAGAUCAAUCAUCUCCGAUUUACUGAAAAGCCCUUUGAGUGAUGAUUUCAUAGCGUCAGCUUGUGGAGUUCGUCAGUCGUCGCCUGAACCAAAAGCAGCAGCAGCUACCGACAGCAGUCGUAGUGGUGGUGGUGGUAUUUUGAAUGUUUCAUGCGCCUCAAAUGAAUUGUCACAUGUUUCAUCAACAUCUGUGAUGUUAAAUCCUCUCGAAAUUGACUGGUUGGAAACAGCUACUACCAAGAAGGAACAUCCUUUAAAUCCUUCGAACAGUUCAACUGAUCAAAAUCCUGUGUUAAAUGAUUUUCCAGAUAUUUCUAACCACCACCCUAUACCCAAUGAUGACAAUGAUGAUGAUACUGGCAGUGAUACGUCGUUGGCGUCGACGUCUUCGCCCCUUUUGUCAGAAGAGGAAGAACAACAGCAACAACAACAACACGAGAAGCUGUCACAGGCACAGAAUAAUUUGAUGCAUUUAGAUGAGAAGAUUUUGUCACCAUUUGAAAAGGCUUUAGACUCAAUGGAGGCUUAUUUGGAUGCUAUCACAAUGCGUGUAAACAGCUUUGAACAAUUACUACUCAAAAAGAAUAUUAAUCGAUACAACCAGAAUACUAUGAUGAACAAUUCUCAUUCAAUGGGUUACAAUAACAAGACUUACAAAGUUGCGCAAAGAAGAAGAAAAUUACCCGGUGAAAAUAGCAGCAACGUUGUUCAUCCACGCGGAGAUUUCAAACGUCCACCACCACCGCCUCAUUAUCAUCAGAUGUUGUCGAGUCGGGGUGGGGGUGGUGGCGGUCGCAGUCGCAGUCGUAGAAAAUACUCAUCAUCAUCAUCGCCAUCGAUGAUUAUUCCUUAUCGUGGACAAUAUCAAACUCUUAGAGAUAAUGUGCGUUAUUCAGAGAAUUAUGUGAAUAGUACUCAUAGUGCUGCUGCAGCCCCAACAACGACCACAACAACUCAACGCAUCCACUACUAUGCACAGAACACGGCAGUAGCCGCAGCACCGCCGACAGCAUCACAACAACAACAACAGCAGUUGUGUGUGAAUCCUACUUUCAAGUGUAGUAGUACGCCAUUAAGCAGAACUUCUUCCCCUUCCUCUUCUUCUGCAGACAAACCUGUCAUUCGUCUUUUGAAUAACGUUCACUUAUAA